CACUAUUCUUCGCCAUUUCCUUUGAUUUGAUCCUUUCUAUUUUAUUCUUCAACUAUUUUUUCAAAAUUUCAAGGGAAAAAAAAAACUAUUUUCAUUUAUUAUAGAUUUUGGAUAGAUUCCCCGUCAAAAUCAACUUGCCGUGCCCAUUGAUCCAAUCUGAAACAACAUCUUCCUGAAUUAUUAAAACAACCUUAAAGUUUGGUUCUUUGUAACUAAACCUUAUCUGGGUCAUUGUGAAUUUGUGUUAAAUAUUUCAAAGUUUGGAUUUUUACAACCAAAGCUUUUCUGGGUCAUUGUGAAUUUAUCUUAAACAUUUCAAAGCUUGGUUCUUUAUAACCAAAGGUUGUCUGGGUCAUUGUGAAUUUUGUGUUUUUAGACAUAUUUUGGGUUUUGUGAGAUUUUGUGAUUUUUAACAAUGGCUUCUGCUACUUCUGGUGUUGUUGGUGGUAAUGGAUCUUCUGUUUCUUGGAUGCAAUUCAAAAAAAGGGAAAAGAAACAAAAUCAGAUGAAUAACAAGAGUAGGGUUUGUUGUUCUUCUUCUUCUAUGAUGGAUCCUUAUAAGACAUUGAGAAUUCAACCAGGUGCUUGUGAAUCUGAUGUUAAGAAAGCUUUUAGACAGCUUGCUUUGAAGUAUCAUCCAGAUGUUUGUAGAGGGAACGAUUGUGGAGUUCAGUUUCACCAAAUCAAUGAGGCUUAUGAUGUUGUGAUGGCAAAUUUGAGAGAAGAGUCAAAUGUGACAGAAACCUAUGAAGCACAUGAUGAAGACGAUGAGUCAUUUAGAGGAAUGAAUGAUCCAGAUUGGGAAUAUUGGGAAGAAUGGAUGGGUUGGGAAGGAGCAGGAAUCCGUGAUUACUCUUCACAUAUUAAUCCUUACAUUUAAAAAAAUAUUAUGUUAAUGUUAAUCUUUGGAUUAUAAAAUGUGGAUUAAUUAAAAUGGGUCUAGAGCUACUUGUCCCCCACUCAAAAGUGGUUGGUGCUCCUUGUACAUAGUCCAAAUGAAAUGUCAAAUCUCCUAUGCAUAAUUGAAGUUGAGGAGAAUUGGCUUGUUAUUAUUGUUAAAUACAAAAAUAAAAGUUGAUUGCACAAACAGUUUAUCUUUAUCCAGAUGGGAUGUCAUAGAGAAGAGGCUAAUGUCAUAACCUAAAUUUUAAAUAAUGUCUCUUGAUGCUUCACUAAUGGUGAAGUGUCUCUGCAAACAAAAAGUAUUAUUCCUAUUGGGAUAUUUUUUAUGA